CUCCUCCAGUUCCCCAGUUGUCCAACAUCUUUGGAUUUCGAAGCAACAAGUCUUCCAGCCAUAUCUCCAGAGAGACUGGGACUUUCUCUACUCGUAGCGUCAUUCAACCCCUCUUUCUCACCUUCCCCCACCUCUCUUUUGUUCCUCGUCCUAUUGUAUUGUGAGACUACAGAUAUUCACAACCAUGAAUUUCUUUCUUGCUUUGGUCACCUUAAUCAGUGUUGCGAUUGGAAUUGCUAAUGCACAACAAGGAGAGAAAGGCAACUCUAUAAUUCCCUUUCCUCGGGUGGGACGUUCUGGCAAUUCACCAGGUCUCAUCCCAUUUCCAAGAAUAGGAAGAGAUGGAGGAUUUCAUGAAAUGAAGCGACAACUUAUCCCCUUCCCCCGAGUGGGCAAACGCGCAUUUUGGCAUUUGCCCGUGGAGUCAGCAUACUACACCGAGUACGAAGACAUUAACCCCUUGAUGGUUGAUCCCAACUUUCUGCCACCCCCAUCCUCCUUCCAAGUGGAAUCCUCCCCCUCCGAGGACGGCGAGGUCGACAAGCGCGGUGGGACUCCGGCCACUUCUAGCGCAGGAAUGUGGUUCGGCCCCCGCCUCGGUCGACGAAAGAAGCGAUCCGUCGUCGAUACCGUUGCCGAAUCCUCCGAACACAGAGGAGACACAACAAUAGACAUGAAACCACUCCUUAAAAUGCUUCACAAUUCUAACUGGGCCAUUAUUGUGCCAGUCAAAGAGCGUCGCAAUUUUACUCCGAGACUAGGUCGAAGUUCGCACGAGGGUUUUACGGUACAUCAACGGGGUCAGCCAUUCUCGCCCAGGUUAGGUAGAUCUGGGGACAUGGCGUCACCGUCAAUUGAUGAGGACGAGGAGCUUGAGACAAGGUCACACGUUAAGAGACGUCCACCCUAUCGUGACACCACACCCGAUCCCAUCUUUGACCUUCGACCUAGAGCACCACUUAGUCCUAGAUUAGGUCGGAGCGACCCCUUUUCUCCAAGAUUGGGGAGAGCCGAUCCCUUUUCCCCACGGCUGGGACGAUCUGGCACCGAAUCGACACAGCCAGACGAUAGCAGAGAUCGUAAAUAAAUUGUAGUAAGCUCGCAAAUCUUGCUUGCCAUUCUCCAACCUCCAGACAAUUGGAGCUUGGAAAAUAGCAUUUGGUUGCCUUCGCUUAUUCUGUAAUAAGCUACCCACUAAAACACGUAACCAAAAUGAUGAACGGAGAAUGAGGGGAAAGCAACAUACUCUUGAAUAACCGUUCGAGUGCAAUUUUACGAGUGAGCCGAUCUUUAGCAACUUCACCUUCUACUGUUAAAUGUCUUUUUGACGACGAGUAUAUGCCUUUACAGUACUAACAAAUUCUGCUAAAUCUCUUCCUAGUUUAUUCAACUAUAUAAAUUAUAUAAAUAGCUAGAAUAAAUAAAGUAUGACUAAUUUCAA